AUGGUUAUUUGGUUUUCCGCUGGUGAUGGUGUGGGCUUUCCCACCCCAACACCAUGGGAAAUUCAACCCCCACGGGGCUUAACCUCCGCUGAUGGUUGCCGAGGUGGCCUGAGGGAUGGUGGGGAGCCGGCUGUAAUCUCCCGUCAACAGCGACAACAAAAGCCUUCUCGGCAUCAACAACAGCAUCAUUGUGUGAGACAGCCGAAACCGAAGGUUGUGAUCCAGCAGAGUGAUCUGCGUGAUGAGCAAUUCCAGCGGCUGAGCGUGCUGGGGGAGGGUUCGUACUCUGUUGUGGUUGCCGCCCGGCACCUCCCUUCACGUCAAGUCGUUGCGCUGAAAGAACUGUCGCGACAGCGGCUCCGUGAUGCUAAGUUAGAGACUCAGCUGCAGUGGGAGAUCAAUCUCCACCGAACUUUGCGGCACCCCAAUAUUGUGCGUUUGCUCAGCUAUUACAUAACUCCGCGAAGUGUCGUGCUUGUGCUGGAACUAUGUAGGGGUGGGUCGCUGCUGCGGAGGCUUCAGGCGACGGCGGAGAGACGAUUUGACGAGGGCCGGGCGACACGUUAUAUUCGACAUGUUGCUCAGGCACUGGCAUAUCUUCACGAACACGGCAUUGUUCACCGUGACCUAAAGCCGGGAAAUAUUCUCGUCGACGCCAGAGGUGUAGCACGGCUUGCUGACUUCGGCUGGAGUAAGGGUCUUGCCGGCUCUGCAGCCGCUGCUGUGAUAACAAACGGGUAUGAUGCGUCUGAAGUGGCGCCACGCUGCGCGGCGGGUGAAACCGACGCAUGUAGUGAGACGGAGGACGGCCACGGGAGGCUGACAGUGUGUGGGACGCUUGAUUAUAUGCCACCAGAACUUUUGGGCGGCACGCCAUGCUCCUACAAGGCUGAUAUGUGGUCGCUGGGUGCACUCUUGGUGGAAAUACUGUCCGGACAACCGCCCUUUUACCGCACGUCUCAGCAGGAGACGUUACAGGCUAUUCAAGACGAGGGCCCGCAGCUAGAUGUUGAUGGUAGUGUCCUUUCACCACUUGCCCGUGAUCUCGCCUUGCAGUUGCUGCAGAAAGACCCCAACGUGCGCCCGACCGCUGCCGAGGUGCUGCAGCAUCCGUGGUUACGGGGAAAACGUCCUCGCGUGUGA